AUGAGGCCCCCAUCGGAAUAUAAUGACGCCAGGAUGCCCGCUGAGGCGGAGCAGGGAGAUACUAGGGCUCCUGCUAUGAUGAUUUGCGCGAGAUUAGCUGGACGAGCGAUUAUAAGGGUUGUUGGACGUUGUGAGGAUGCACAGGAAAACAGUCAAUUAGAUUUAUCAGAAUGUCAACUAAUGCAAGUACCAGAUGCUGUGUACCAUUUGAUGCGGCACACAGAAUUAAAAAGCUGUGACCUCAGUGGCAAUGUUAUCACAAAAAUUCCACCAAAGUUUACUGUUAAAUUUAGUUUAAUCACAGACUUAAACUUAGCAAAUAACCAAAUAGCCAAACUACCAGAUGAGCUCUGUACUUUGGCAUGUUUAGAACGACUGGACAUCUCACACAACUCCUUUGUGGCCCUACCUCACAUAGCCUGCCAGUGCCCAAGCCUGCAUACACUACUCGCACAUCAUAAUCAAAUUAUUGAAGUCGAUGUUAAUAGAUUAGAGAGGUCUCGGGCACUUGAAUAUGUGGAUCUUAGUGAUAACCCUCUUCCACCACGGACAUAUGAAGAACUUAAACAGCUCACCCACCCUCGGCUAUCUAUGUCAGAGCGACAGAAAGAAGAUUGGGAAGAGGAUCUUAUACUUUAA